AUGAGUAUUCAUCUAAUCCUUUAUUGUCUAAUUAUACUUACAUAUUAAUGCUCCAAUUUAGUGGAGAAUAAGCUUUUCAUAACGUCGACUUAAAAUGAAACGAUUAAAAUCCCUUUAUCCUAAUUAUUUAUUUCAAGCGAUUAUAGUAAAAUCACAUUUAAACCUGUUGUAAAAUAAUUCACAAUAGCAAAUCUGUUAUAAGAAAUAGAAAAGGUUUCAAAUCAUAAAGUUAAUGGUUCAACAAUUUCAAUAAAAAUGUUCAAAUCAACAACAAGUUGUGAACCACAACAUUAAAUGGCCAUUUUGCGCUAUUAUGAAGGUAUAUAUUAUUCUGAAUAUGACUUAAUAAAUUACUCUACUUUUCCAAAUUUAGCUGCAGUAUAUCCAAGCACAGGGAAAAGAAAUUCAAAAUGUUUUGAUAUUGUUUUGAUGAAUACAAUAAUAAUUACAGAAUGUUCUGAUGAUGAAGGAGAUUAUUUUAGUAUCCAAAAAAUUAAUUAAUCCACAUAUAAUUAUUUGACUAUUUAAAAGCCAAAAGAUGCCUUUAGAAAAUUAGAUAUGAUUGAUAAAUAUUUAUUAAGAGGAAAUGUCGAUAAAUUGGAAUUAUAUUAAGAAAAAGAAUAAACACUUGAAUUCUUGGAUAUUUUAGAUUCUGCUGCUUUAAGAAUACUAUUAAACUAAAAAUAUUUUUUACUUGAAAUAAGAGAUUUUUAAACUCAUACAAAUGGAUAGAUUAGCAUAUUGAAUGCCUCUGGAGAAUUAAUUGUUUUAUAGUAUUUUAAUAAUUAAUGGUAAUUGAUUAAAACUAUUGAUACAAAGAUAUCAACAGUUUAUUCUUAUGAUUUUGAUAUCUAUUUAGAUACUUAUGUUAUCCUUUCAAAAUAAUACCUUUAUUAUAAAGCAAUCACUAAUUAAGAAUUCAUUGUAAAUGUCGAUUCUAAACCUUUUGAUAAGGUAUUUUUAUAAAAAAGCUCAAUUUUAUUAGUUUAAGACAAGAUUUUAUCGCUUUAUUCAUAAUAAUUAUAUAAAUCUUACUCAACAACUUUCUUCAAUUCCAAAUAUUUGAUCAAUUCAUUUCCAAGUUAGGAUGGGUUUUUGAUUAUUGAUGAUGAAUACUUUUACAAAUAUGCAAUAAAUAGUGAAUAUUCAAUUUAAUUUUCAGCAGACUCUCUGCCAAUUGAAAAAGAUUACCAAAUGAUUAAAAUCCUUUAAUCAGCCGAUUGCGUUAUUGAAAUUUAUUAUAUGGUUGUUAAUUUUGAAUCAACAGAAAUAUACUCAUCUUAAGCACCGAAAGCUUUAAUCGCUUCUGGAAUAUUUUAAGAUAAUUUGGAGGUUAAAUUCAAGCCUAUUUUUGAAGGAUCAAACUUACAAUAUGAAUUUAAUGAGCAGAAUAUUUUAAAUUUAAAAGUUGAAUAAUAUUAAGGGAUUGAAAUCUUAAAUGUAGGUGAGAUAGAGAAUGUUAUUUACAGAAAAUCUUUAUCAAAUUUAAAUAAUCCAUAUAUAUAGAUUAUUUAACAGCACAGCAAUAGCUAAAUAAGUGGAUAUACUUGCGAAGAAUUAUUAUCAUAGUUGAAAUUAAAAUGCCAACCUAUUUUUACUAAGAGGUAAUUUGAUUAAUUGUAAGAUUCUGAUAAAUAACUUUGGUGGUUUAAUUAUGAUUCUAUAUUCUUAGCAAUCUUAAAAGAUUCAACUAUCACAAUUUAUUGUGUUUUUUAUAACUAAAAUAAAUUUGAUCUAUUAACAACUAUUAAUUUAGAUUCUAAUGCUUAGAAAAUUGCAACUGAUGGUAAUUACUUAUUUGUUUAAUGUUAAUAAUCAAUUUAAAUCUAUACAGUAUCUGUUAACAAUAAGGCUAUUUUAAUUCAGAAUAAAAAUAUUGAUGGAGAUAUUUAUGCAUCUCCAGGAUAACAGAAUCUUCUUUUUAUCGAUUUACUAGGAUAAUUGAAGAUCUAUUCUUUGAACUAAGGAAAAUUUAGUAUGAUUUGGUUUACAGAGAUCAGUGAUAUUUAUGAGAAAAAAAAUUUAGUAAUUUUUAGAAAUCGAUUCGCUAAAUUAAUCAAAACAAAAAAUGAAGAAAAAUAUCUUGCAAUCGUAUAUAAUAUUUAAAAUUUAAAUAAUAUCUACUUCGAGAAACAUAUUAAACUUAAUAAUAAUUCUUCUUUAAAACUAACAUAAAUAGAAGUAAAUCUUUAAUAAAGCUUAUUUUUUAUAGUUGUUAAUAAUAAUGAAAAAUAUAACUUAUAAGGGUAUAAAAUUGAUGAUACAAGCUAUAAUUCUAAAUUUAUUAACCUUUAUUACACAUCUACAGCUCAAUUCUCAAUUACUAACCAAUAUUGCUUCAUCACUGAUUCAAUAGAAAAUAAACUAGUUUAAAAGAAUUAUUACAUAACAGGGGAUUAGUUUGUUUAAUCUACAUUAAAGGAGGGUUAUUAAUAGAUUCAAUACUCCAAAGAAAUUAGUUUAACUGUUUAAAUCAAAAAUGAUUUUUAAAGGGUAAUCACCUAAAUAAUCCCAGCUCUAGUUGUUAAUAGAGGUGUUUCAAUAUUUCAGACUAAAAAUUUUUUCGAUUUAAAAUAUAAAGCAGAUGGCACUUAAAAUCAUUGCAUAAAUUUGGAAUAAUCUUGGUAUAGUGGUUAAGUAUUUGACAUAAUCUAGAACCAAUCAGAAAAGCUACAGUAUAUAAAAACAUUAUCAAAAGAAAUUGAAACUUUAGAGUUUAGCCCUUUUAUAUAGGAAUUAAAUUCUGAUCAAUUAGUUUAAUUAAUGGAGAAUAAAAUCAUCUUAGUUUAAAAAUCUGAUUUGACUAAAAAAGAAUUUAACCUGGAUGAAACAUACAAGAUUAAAUAAUUAUUAAUUAUUAUAAAUCAACUUAUUUAUGUUGAAGUUUAAAAAGGGGAUUUAAAUUAUCUAAAAAUCAUAGCAUGCAUAGAUUCUGAUUGCAAAUUAUUAGAUGAUGAACUGACAUUAACAACUAGAAUUAAUAAAGUUUAUCUUCAUGAUAACAAUUUCUUCAUUUAUUCAUUUCCAGAUAUACAAGUAUAUGAUACAAAGGGUGAUCCUAUAAAAUUAUCAGCAUUCGAACAAUUCUAUAAAUUUACGCUUUUUACAUAACCAUUUUAUUUAGAAUUUUAUCAUUUACACAAUAAUGUAUACUCAGCUAUCUCUGUUGAUAUUAGAGGAAAUACUUAUUUUAAUAAUCUAGAAAUUUCUGAAACCUCUAAAGAAAAUUAGAUUUUUGCUUAAAAUGUUAUAAAUAUUCUAAAAUUGAAUAACUUAUAUGUAAAUAUCAAUUCCAUAUGUGUGGGAUUAAACUUAAGAAAAAAUGAUAUAAUAAUUGUUUACAAUAACAUACCUACAUUUGCAUUUAAAUUUGAUUUUGACUGUACUAAAAAGAAAUUAUGUGAUCUGAAGUCUUUUGAAUUGAAUGGUAUUUUUUAAUAAUAUGGAGAAUGGACAAUUUUUAAUCUUUAUCCCAUAAUAUAUUCAAAUGAAAAUAUUUUAUCUUUGGUUUAUUGGGCAUAAACACAUUUUGAAUUAUUAUUAUUUGAUCUUUAAACUGUAAGUAGCAAAGAAAACCCAAAUUUAGCUAUUGCCCAUUUAAUUACCCCUUAAAGUAAAAUACCUGGUGAAUUCCAUUAAGUUUAGUCAUUUGUAUACAGGUAAAAUGAAUAACUCCAUUUAUUGGCAUCGACAGAUAACUAUGAUAGAUUAACUCAUUAUAGAUUGAAGAGAUAGUCAUAAAUUUGUACUUCCGCUUAUUCAGUUAAUGAUAGAAUUAAUUUAACUUUAAGUAAUUCUUUCUCCAAAAUUAAUAUUAAUUUAAAUAUAACUAUUUAAGAAGAUAAUCAAAUCCCUCCUAAUCCUUCUAAUGAUGAUGAGGAUAAAUAGAGUUUUCCAAUAUGGAUUAUAAUUUUAAUCACUUUAGGUAUAUUGAUGAUUGGCAUAGUUAUUUUCUAUUGGUGGAAAAAAAGCUAAAUUAAAGUUGAAGAAGAAGAAAUGUUAUUAGCGUGAUUUUUCAUAUUAUUAAUUUUAUAAU